AUGCUCUCCAGGAUCUCUCAGCUCGGGGCGCGGCUCCUGCGCGAGACCAGAGCUGCAGGAAACUUGACAACCAAUAGUGGCAAUUACUACCAAGGUCAAGUCAGCCGGCAUUCAGCCCCAGCGAAGAGCAUCCUCUUCUCCACCGCAACAAGUAGUCAUCAUGAUGAAGGCGGUGAGGACAAGGAGAAAAUCUCUGUAACAUUUGUGAACAAGGAUGGCACUGAGAAGACGAUAAGUGUUCCUGUCGGAAUGUCCAUGUUAGAAGCUGCUCAUGAAAAUGACAUAGAACUUGAAGGAGCAUGUGAAGGGUCGCUCGCAUGUUCCACUUGUCAUGUCAUAGUUAUGGAUGUAAAGGACUAUAACAAGCUAGAGGAUCCAACAGAUGAAGAAAAUGAUAUGCUUGACCUUGCAUUUGGGCUGACAGAAACGUCUCGUCUUGGCUGCCAAGUAAUAGCGAAGCCCGAACUCGACGGCGUCCGGCUAGCGUUACCUGCCGCUACACGAAACUUCGCGGUAGAUGGGUUCGUGCCAAAGCCACACUGA